AUGGCCACUGAGGCGUUUGUGAAACCUGUUGUACCAAAUGGUCACGACGGGUACGAAGAUGAUGAUGAAGAUGAAAUGCCUUUGGUUUUCAAGAGAACCAGUAACACAACAUCAUCUUCCUCCAAUCGUUCAAAUCCUAAUAAUAUUGCUCAGAGAAACUCGACUCUUGGCUCUACCAAGUCCCCACCACCAGUGAGGUCUCCUUUAACAAGCCCGAACAGAUCAGCUUCUUCAUCCGCAAGAAACUCGAUGAUGAAACCGUCUUUACCUUCAUCCUCAUCUGCUAACCGUUCCACGGUGAAGUCGCCGUUGCGGGACGAAAGAUCCGUUGCUGCUAAGGAGAGGAACGGUCUGGGAAAAGCUCCAUCUGUGUCCAAAAGUGAUGAUGAGGAUUCUGAGGAUGAUAAGCCCUUGAUUGCGAGGAUUAAAGAGCAGCCGAGUUCUUCUCUGCGUGGUAGUUCGCAGCUUCCAGUACAAAAGGGCAACGUGAGGCCUCAGGGAGUGAAUGAUAACAGUAGAAAGAAAGAUUCAGAUGAGAAGGCUCACAUGUCUUCAACGGUGCAGACAAAGACCAGUGUAGGUGCAUCAAGUAGCAAGCCUGUUCAUAAUGAGCAAAAGAGACGUUUGGUUAACAAUAUCAAUCGGAAUGGUUUGAAACCGAAGAUUGAAGGGAAUAAUAAUUCUCAAGCACCUGCUAAGAGACCUCUUGAGAAGGGAAGCUCUUCAAGUCAAUCUUCUGUGAAGAGGCCUAAGCUGUCAGAGCCAGCUAGACCAGUGAAAAGUGAGCAAGGUUCACGUAAUGCAGCUACGCCAGAUAGCAAAGGAAAGAGCCUGGAUGCAUCAAAGCCGCUGAGAGCUAACCAGGUAACUGUUAAAGAAGAUAGCUCAGAUGAAGAGGAUCAUGUCCCUAUUGGCUCGAGAGUGAGGCCAGAAUCCUCAAACAAUAAAUCGUCAAACGUGAAGCCUAAUGCUAGUAAAGCGAUAGCUUCUUCAUCCAGAGCGAUAGCUAAGAAGCCUGACAAAUGGGUGAAAGAUUCUAAGUACUCGAAAUCAUCAAAGUCGUUACCUUCUGGAGAUGGGCAGAAGAAAUGGAGAACUCUAGAGCACAAUGGUGUUAUUUUUCCACCUCCGUAUAAGUGUCACGGGGUUAAGAUAUUGUAUCAGGGGAAACCAGUUGACUUAACCCCUGAACAAGAAGAGGUUGCAUCUAUGUUUGCGGUGAUGAGAGAAACAGAAUAUUACAAUAAACCAACGUUCAGAGAGAAUUUCUGGAAUGAUUGGCGGAAACUACUUGGAAAGAACCAUGUGAUUAAAAAUUUAGAUGAUUGUGACUUCAGUCCCAUAUAUGACUGGUACAUGCAGGAGAAGGAGGCAAAGAAACAAAUGAGUACAGAAGAGAAAAAGAUAUUGAAAGAGGAGAAAUUACAGCAGGAAGAGAAAUACAUGUGGGCUGUUCUUGAUGGUGUCAGGGAGAAGGUUGGAAAUUUCAGAGUAGAGCCCCCUGGCUUGUUUCGAGGCCGGGGAGAGCAUCCUAAGAUGGGGAAACUGAAGAAGCGGAUUCGUCCUUGUGAUAUUACAAUCAACAUUGGGAAAGAGGCGCCUAUUCCAGAAUGCCCUAUCCCUGGUGAAAGAUGGAGAGAAGUUAGGCAUGACAAUACUGUCACAUGGCUUGCUUUCUGGAAUGAUCCUAUCAACCCAAGAGAGUUUAAGUAUGUAUUCUUGGCAGCUAGCAGUGCGUUAAAGGGACUGAGCGACAAGGAGAAGUAUGAGAAAGCGAGGAAGCUAAAGGACCGUAUAGGUCAUAUUAGAACAGCAUAUACUAAAGAUUUUAGUAACAAGGAUAUAACAAAGCGGCAAAUUGCAGUUGCUACAUAUCUCAUUGAUAAGCUAGCCCUUAGGGCUGGAAAUGAAAAGGAUGAUGAUGAGGCAGAUACUGUUGGUUGUUGUACAUUGAAAGUAGGAAACGUGGAUUGUAUUCCUCCAAAUAAGUUAAAGUUUGACUUCCUCGGUAAAGACUCCAUUCAGUAUGUAAACACAGUUGAGGUUGAGCCUCUUGUUUAUAAGGCAAUUGGGCAGUUCCAAGCGGGAAAAUCGAAAACCGAUGAUCUCUUUGAUGAGCUAGAUACUUCAAAACUCAAUGCUCAUCUUAAGGAACUUAUGCCUGGUCUCACAGCCAAAGUCUUCCGUACUUAUAAUGCAUCCAUCACAUUGGAUGCCAUGUUGAGUAAAGAAACCAGAGAUGGCGAGGUUCCUGAAAAAGUAGUGGUUUAUCAGCAAGCAAACAAGGAGGUCGCCAUCAUUUGUAACCAUCAACGUACUGUCUCAAAAUCUCACGGAGCACAAAUCGAGAAGCUGGCUGUGAAAAUAGAAGAACUAAGGGAGCAAAUAAAAGAGCUGGAUAUCGAUCUAGAGAGGGCUAAGAAAGGAAGAACACCAUUAAUGGGCUCUGAUGGGAAGAGAAAGAGGAAUUUGACACCGGAAGCUUUGGAGAAGAAGAUAAUGCAAACGAAUGUUAAGAUCGAAAAGAUGGAAAGAGAUAUGCAAACGAAGGAGGAUAUGAAAACUGUGGCAUUGGGCACGUCUAAGAUAAAUUACAUGGAUCCUAGGAUCAGUGUCGCGUGGUGCAAACGACACGAUGUUCCCAUUGAGAAGAUAUUUAACAAGUCUCUUCUGGCUAAGUUUGCUUGGGCAAUGGACGUUGAUCCUGAGUUCAGAUUCUGA